UAUGGUAUCUUCCUAAGCCUCUAUUCAAGUUUUGAACGUUCAUAAUUUAACAGUGCUUCUUAUCCUUUUUUGUGCUUAGCCUUCUUCUCCUUGCUAUCCUUGAAGAAUUGCAGGAUAUUGAAUAUUUAUUUGUAUUGGCAUGAAAAAUGGCUCCUGGCAUGGCAUUCAGGUCCCCAGAUACAUUAUUUGGGCAUUAUUUUGGCCUUGAACUCUCUCCUUCACUACAUUCCCUCAUCUUUAUUUCCUUGUCUUUUUUUUUAAUAUUCUCUGUCUCUUUCUCUGUCUGUCUGUCUCUGUCUCUGUCUCUGUCUCUCUCCUUUUUUAAACCUUUAUCUUCUGUCUUAAAAUCAAUAUGAAGUAUCAGUUCCAGGGCAGUAGAGCCAUGAGGGCUAGGCAACUGGGGCUAAGUGACUUGCCCAGGGUCACACCAUUAGGAAGUGUCUGGGACCUUAUUUGAGCCCAAGACCUCCCAUCUCCAGACCUAACUCUGUAUCUACUGAGCCACCUCAUUGCCCCUAAUGUCUCUUAUAUGUAUUCUUUCUCUAUACAUUUCCACUAGAAGGUCUUUAUCAGUACUCUGAAAUGCUAUGAUUAUCUCCAAUUUAUCGUUUCUAUAUCUUGCUUGGACAUCAUUCUUUGCAUGGUAACUCCCCAUGUAAAUUGUGAGCCCUCAAAGGUAAGAUCUGUUUUGGUCUUUCAUUGUUUCUCCAGUGCAUAGUGUAUGGUACAUAGUGGAUAGUUAAUAAAUGCUUGUUCACUUGAUUAUUGACUAAAUAUCUCCACAUCAACAUUCACAUCUUUUAUGACAGUCAUCAUUCUAGUCAAUUGUCUCCAUCUCAUUCAUGCCUUCUAGAUGGAGGCUGAGCAGAUCUGACCAGAUUCUAGUGGUACCAUAAUUCUCUAGGUUGUACAUUGUGUUUUCACACUAUUUACUUAUACUGGAUCCGCAGACUACAAAAAUCUUAACCCUGCUUCCCAUGUUAUCCAAUUCUUGAUCAAAUGGGGGUAACAUUUAAUUUAAAAAAAAGGCACACUCUUCCAGGGGUGGAGCCAAGAUAGAGUAGUAACUAGGGCAGCAGCACUGUUCUUCUCUGACUAAGAGUAAAAUAUUGCCACACAAUGAAUACAGGAGUGAAAGAACCAACAAGGAGACAGAGGGAAACAACUUUCAAAAAAAGAAAAACCCAAAAAAGGAGGCAGAGAUCAUCUGGGGAACUGAGGUGAGAGGGGAGCAGAGCUAGCAGGAGGCUAUAGCAGGGAGUCAAGAGCAAGCCAAGAGCAAACCACAAUCCCCACAACCACACCUCCCCCUGCCCAUAUCUGCUGUCACAGGUUCCAAAUUUAAGUCCAAGCUAAGUCAGACUCUGAGAUGUUGCUGGGGCAAGUAGUAUCUAAGCCAACUUACACCCGCCCAGUUCAGUCUGGACUGAAGGGGCUGAUCUGUGUGAGCUCAGAGGGAAGCCAGGAAUCCCAGUCUGGGCUUGGAUUAAGAACAUAAUUCAUGGUUUGGGGUGAGGACACAGUUCUCAGGGGGAGUCUCACCAGGAUCUUUUUGCCUAGAACUAAGGGUGUAGCUCAAGGACAGGGCAAUCAAGGGUGUGCCUGAUUGAAUUAAGAGCAACCUGAGACCAAAAGCUUGAGUCCAAGUCCAGGGAUAGAAUUUAAUCAGCCCCUGAACUGAUCAAGUUCAAAUUGAAAUCAAAAGCUUACAGCCAACCCUGAGGAAAGUCUUUAAGCUAUUAGUAUUUCAAGGCUCAAUUGAUCAUCUGGGGAAGGUGGCUUUCAGAGCUCUUAGCUCUCAGACCAUCUGGUAAACUAGUAACAAUCCAGAAAACAAGCUGAAAAUCAUCAAGGAACAAUUGAAGUUUAAAAGGGUAUCCUGACUUCUCAGAAAGCAGAGCCUACCUAUAAUUAGAUUGGAAAAAUGAGCAAACAACCAAAAAAAGUCCCUAACUCUAAAAAUUUUUAUGGAGACAAAGAGCAAGGUGUAUACAUAAAGGGCAGCAAAAGCAAAGUCCAAAAGAAAAAUAUGGAUUGGACACAGAAUCUGAAAGAACUCAAAAAAGACUUCAAAAACCAAUUAAGAGAGGUAGAGGAAAAGUGGGGAAGAGAAAUAAAAGUGAUGCCAGAAGAAAGGAAAGUGAUGCAAGAGGAAAUAGGCCAAAAAUCAGAACUGACCAAAUAGAAACUAAUGAUUUCAUGAGAAAUGAAGAAACAAAAAACCCGAAUCAAAAGGAAAAUAUCCUAUUGAAAAAACAACUGACCUAGAAAAUAGAUCAAAGAGAGACAAUCUGAGAAUUAUUGGACUACCUGAAAGACAUUAUGACAAAAAAAUCUUGGAUAUGAUAUUACAAGAAAUUAUUAAAGAUAACUGCCCAGAGAUCCUUGAACAAGAAAAUAAAAUUGAAUCGAAAGAAUUCACAGAUCUCCUCCAGAAAGAAAUCCUCAACUGACAACUUCUAGGAAUGUAAUAGCUAAAUUCAAGAAUCACCAAGCCAAAGAAAAAAUACUUUAAGCAACUAGGAAAAAAAACAUUGAAAUACCAUGGAAAUUCAAUCAGGAUCACUCAGGACCUAGUGGCUUCUAUAUUAAAGGAUCACAAGGCAUGGAAUAUGAUAUUCAGGAAGGCAAAAGAUUUUAGUUUACAACCCAGAGUUACCUAUCCAACAAAACUGAGUAUAUUCUUCUAGGGAAAAAAUGAUCAUUCAAUAAGAUGGAAGGUUUCCAAGCAUUCCUGACUUAAACAAAAAAAAAAUUGAAGGUCAAAUAUGAGACAAAAGAGAAGUCCAGAAAGGUAAAUAAGAAAGAGAAAGUUUAAGGGACUCAUUAAGGUAAAAAUGUUUAUAUGUCUACAUGGAAAGAUUUCUGUCAUUCUCAAAAAUUACUCUUAGUAGUAGAUAAGAUAGAAAGAAUUUAUUCAGAAAGAGGAGGGGAGAAGUAAGCUGAUUAUGAUAAUAUGAUGUAUAUGUAAAUGUGCUGAUAUGGAAUGAUAUAUACACAUAUGAAUGACAUGUAAAUCAAUCAAGGGCUGAAAGAGAGGGUUGCACUGAGAGAAAAGGGAAAGGAGAGAUAGAAUAUGGGGUAAAUUAUAUAACAUAAAGAGGUGAGAAAAAUCAAUACAGAGAGGGGAUAAGAGUGAUGAUGGACAAUGCUUAAACGUUACACUCAUUGUAACUGGCUCAGAGAGGGGGAAAAGAGUAUACUUAUUGGGGUAUAGAAUUCUAUCACCCUACAGAGAUGAAGAAGAGGAACAAGAUAAGGGAAGGGGGAGGUAAUUGAAGGGAUGACAAAAAGCAAAAUAUUGGUGAGGGACAGACUGAAAAUGGAAUAGAGUAGGAACUAAAAGGGAUAAUACCAUGGAGGGCAAUACACAGUUAAUAAUUAUGACAAUAUGAAUGGAAUGAAUUCACCCAUUAAAUGAAAGCAGAAAAGAGUGUAUUAAAAACCAGAAUCCUACUAUAUGUUGUGUAUAAGAAACACAUUUGAGACAGGGUGAUACAUACAGAUUCAAGGUAAAAGGCUAGAGAAGAAUUUAUCUAAAUAAGAAUAUCAUCUAAAGUAAAAGAAAGCAGGAGUAGCAAUCAUGAUACUAGACAAAGCCAAAGUAGAAAUUGAUUAAAAGAGACAAGGAAGGAAAUUACAUUUUGCUAAAAGGUACUAUAAAUGAAGAAAUAUCAACACUAAACAUUUAUGCACCAAAUCAUAUGGCAUCUAGAUUUCAAAAGGAAAGAUUGAAGGAACACACAGGCAGGAAAUAAAUAGAUAGUAAGACCAUAGUAGUAGAGGAUCUCAACCUUCCCCUUUCAGAAAUAGAUAAAUCAAACCAAGAAAUAAAUAAGAAAGAAGGAAGGGAAGUAAAUGAAAUGCUAGAAAAGUUAGAAUUAAUAGAUAUCUGGAGAAAACUGAACAGGGAUAAAAAGGAAUAUACCUUUUCAGCAGGACAUGUUAUAUAUAAAUAUUGACCAUGUAACAGGACAUAGAAAUAUUGCAAACAUAUGCAGAAAAGCAGAAAUAAUAAAUGCCACUUUCAGAUCAUAAUGUGAUAAAAAUUAUAAUUAACAAGGUCCAAGGAAAGGCAAAUUUAAAAUUAAUUGGAAACCAAAUCUAAUUCUUCAAAACAUGGGUCAAACAAGAAAUCAUAGAAACAAUUACAGACUUUAUUAAAGAGAAUGACAAUGAGGAGACAUCAUAUCAAAACCUAUGGGAUACAGCCAAAGCAGUACUUGGGAAAAUUUAUAUUACUGGGGGCCUAUACCAACAAAAUAGAGAGGAAGGAGAUCAAUGAAUUGGGCUUACAACUUCAAAAAUUAGAAAAAGAACAAAUUAAAAAUCCCCAGAUAAAAACUAAAUUGAAAAUCCUAAAAAUUAAAGGAGAAAUUAAUAAAAUUGAAAGUAAAAGAACUAUUGAACUAAUAAAUAAAACUAGGAGAUGGUACUUUGAAAAAACAAAUAAAAUAGAUAAAGUACAAGUUAGUCUAAUAAAAAAAGAAGAUAAUCAAAUUAACAGUAAUAAAGAUGAAAAGGUCAAUCUCACCUCUAAUGAAGAGGAAAUUAAGAUAUUUAUUAAAAAUGAUGUUGCUCAGUCAUAUGGCAAAAAGUAUGAUAAUCUAAGUGAAAUGGGUGAAUAUUCAUAAAAAUUUAAAUUGCCUAGAUUAACAAAAGAGGAAAUAGAAUUCUUAAACAAUCCUAUCUCAGAAAAAGAAAUUGAACAAGUGAUCAAGGAACUUCCUAAGAAAAAAUCCCCAGAGCCAAAUGGAUUCACAAGUGAUUUCUAUUAAGCAUUUAAAGAACAACUAAUUCUAAUACUAUACAAACUAUUUGACAAAAUAAGCAAAGAAGGAAUUUUACCAAAUUCCUUUUAUGACACAAAUAUGGUACUCAUUCCAAAGCCAGGCAGACCAAAAACCAAGAGAGAAAACUAUAGAACAAUCUCCUUAAUAUAUAUAGAUGCAAAAAUUUUAAAUAGAAUACUAGCAAAAAGUCUCUAGCAAGUGAUCCUGAGGAUUACUCACUAUCAUUAUGUGGGAUUUGUACCAGGAAUGUAAGGAUAAUUUAAUAUUAGGAAAACCAUCCACAAAAUCAACCAUAUCAAUAAUCAAAUCAAUAGAAAUCACAUGAUUAUAUCAAUAGAUGCAGAAAAAGUCUUUGAGAACACCCAUUCCUAUUGAAAACACUAGAAAGUAUGGGAAUAGAAGGACCACUCCUCAAAAUAAUAAACAGUUUAUAUUUAAAAAUAUCAGCAAGUAUCAUCUUCAAUGAGGACAAGUCAGAAGCCUUCCCAAUAAGAUCAAGUGAAGCAAAGAUGCCCAUUAUCAACUCUAUAUAACAUUGUUCUAGAAACACUAGCAAUAGCCAUUAGAGAAGAAAAAGAAAUUGAAGGGAUUAAAGUAGGCAAUGAGGAGACUAAAUUCUCAUUCUUUGCAGCUGAUGUGAUGCUAUACCUAAAGAACUCCAGAUAAUCAACUAAAAGAUUGGUGGAAAUAAUUAACAACUUUAGCAAAGUUGCAGGGUAUAAGAUAAACCCGCAUACAUUAUCAGUAUUUCUAUAUAUUUCCAGCAAAACUCAGCAACAGGAAUUAGAGAGAGAAACUUCAUUUAAAAUCACUGUAGACAAUAUAAAAUAUUUAGAAAUCUACUUGCCAAGACACAGGAAUUACAUGAACAAAACUACAAAACACUUUUCACACAAUUAAAACUAGAUAUAAAUAAUUGAAAAAACACUAAUUGCUCCCGGGUAGGACAGCCUCAUAAAAUAAAAAUGACAAUUCUACUCAAAAUAAUCUACUUAUUCAGUGCCAUACCUAUCAAUCUACUAUAAUGGUUAAGUUGGGAUUUUGACUAAAUAAGAGUGUUAUAAAAAAGUGGUCAUCUAUUAUUAUCCCUUAAGUCAGGAAAACUAUUAGCAGCUUUUAGAAAUUUUGUUUAAUUGGAAUGUUAGUAAAAAGAGGGAAAUGUGGAAGGGAAAGAAGUAAGGAGACUAUCUAGCCUACCCUAAAUGCUAAUCUGGUGAAAAGAAGCUCCCUCCCUGACAGAGUUCCAAUCUCCAUGUGGGAAUCCUAGUCAUUCACCAGCAAGCCAGGCAGGAUCCAGGCAAGGUCCCAAUGCAGAAAAACCCUCCUGAGUUAAGCUCACUGAUGCAGCAGUGAACCCAACAAGAAAGUCCCCUACUCUAAGAAACUCCAAAGCCAAAAGUUGAAGUCCCAAAGCCAAAAAUUCCAGUUGAAAGGCCCAAAGCUCCAAGUCAAAGUUGAAUUCCAAAAGCCCCAAGCAGCCAUCCUCCAUAGAAGUCCAAAGGGGAAGAUCCAAGGAGCAGAGAUUCCAAAGGAGAAGCCUCAAUGAAAAGUUCCUUGGACAGGAAGUUCAGGACUUUUCAUAGUCCUUUUCUCACAUCACUUCCUGUCCCUUCCCCACUUUAUGGUAACCAAUUACAAUCUUUCAAUUUGACUAGCACUGCCCAAGGAGGGUGGGGCCCGUGGCCUAUGGAGUUGUCAUCCACUCUAGCAAGUGACUUGUGAACUCUCAUACUUAGUGACUGGUAAGGUGCUAAGUAGGGAUAAGUUUUUGAUUGACUAACUGAAAAGUUGAUUGAUAGAGAGUUCAUGAUCCCCAUUGUGAUUCUCUGGAAGACCUGUCUCCUCAAUGAACCAUUUAACAUAACUAGCUUAUACCUCUAACAUCUUCUAGCUAAAGGUGCAUACAAUAUUGCACUUUCUAAGAGGAAAUUACAAUAGUUUGAGAUAAGAGGAAAAUGAAAGAGAGAGAGCAAAACCAAUGUUUGCUAGGCUCAUUGACAAAAAGCCAAUUAGGGGGUAGUCUCCUUUGGCAUAAGAGUUUACAUUCAGAAUAAAUGUAUUCAGCCCCCUUCAGUUCAAUCAAUUACAUCCCAAAGUUCAUUCUGGAUCUUCUGAUGCAAUGUAUGCUUAUUUAUGGCACUUUCUUCAAACAGUUCACUUUCUUGAUUCAAGGAGUUAGUAACCUCUUUUCCUGAAAUUUUCCUCAAAAAAUUUUAAGUCUUGGAUUUUAUGAAAAUUGUAUACUACCAAAAAACUUUUUUAUAGAAUUAGAAAAAAAUUAUAACAAAGUUCAUCUGGAAGAACAAAAGAUCAAGGAUAACAAGGGAAAUAAUGAAAAAAAAAGUGAAGGAUGGGGACCUAGUAGUACCAGAUCUUAUACUUUACUAUAAAGCAGUGGUCAUCAAUACAAUAUGGAACUGGCUAGGAGACAGAAGGGUGGAUCAAUGGAAUAAACUAGGGAUAAAUGACCUCAGUAAGCUAGUAUUUAAUAAACCCAAAGACCCCAGUUUUUGGGACAAGGUUAUUUGACAAAAACUGCUGGGAAAAUUGGAAAACAGUAUGGAAAAAAUCAGGUUUAGAUCAGUAUCUUACACCCUACACUAAGAUAAAUUCAAAAUGGGCAAAUGAUUUAAAUACAAAGAGCAAAAUCAUAAAUGAAUUAGGUGAACAUAGAAUAGUAUACCUGUCAUAUCAGUGAGAAAGGAAGGAAUUUAAGACCAAGCAAGAGAUAAGAGAAUAUUGCAAAAUGUAAAAUGAAUGAUUUUGAUUUUAUCAAAUUAAAAAGUUUUUAUGCUGACAAAACCAAUGCAACCAAAAUUAGAAGGAAAGCAACAAACUGGGAGAACAUUUUUAUAACAAAACUCUCUGACAAAGGUUUAAUUUUCUAAAUAUAUAAGGAACUAAAUCAAAUUUAUAAAAAAUUCAAGCCAUUCCCCAAUCGACAAAUGGUCAUGGGACAUGAGUAGUCAGUUUUCACAAGAUGAAAUCAAAACUAUCAAUAAGCACAUGAAAAGUGUUCUAAAUACCUUCUGAUUAGAGAAAUGCAAAUUAGAACAACUCUCAGUUACCACCUUACACCUAGCAGACUGUGGAUGUGGCAAAAUUGGGACACUAAUACACUGCUGGUGGAGUUGUGAAUUGGUCCAGCCAUUCUGGAGGGCAAUUUGGAACUCUGCCCAAAGGGCUUUAAAGGACUGGCUGCCCAGCCAUAUCACUGUCAAUAAUAAUAAUAAUAAUAAUAAUAAUAAUAAUAAUAAUGAAAAAGACUUGUACAAAAAUAUUUAUAGCCAUGCUUUGUGGUAGCAAAAAAUUGGAAAAUGAGGGGGGUGUCUAUAGAUUAGGGAAUGUCUGAACAAAUUGUGGUAUUUGAUGGUGAUGGAAUACUGUUGUGCUGAAAGGAAUAAUGAACUGGAGGAAUUCCAUGGGAACUAGAACGACCUCUAGGAAUUGAUGCAGAGCGAAAGGAGCAGAACCAGGAGAACAUUGUACACAGAGACUGAUACACUGUGGUACAAUCAAAUGGAAUAGACUUUUCUCCUAGCAGCAAUGCAAUGAUUCAGGACAAUCCAGAGAAACUUAGGAGAAAGAAUGCUAUCUUCAUCCUGAGAAAGAACCCUGGCAACAGAAAUGCAUUAGAAAAAUGUAUGAUUGAUCAUGUAGUUUGAUGGGGAUAUGAUUACGGUUUUGAUGUUAAAAGAUCACUCUACGGCAAAUAUAAAUAACAUGGAAAUGGGUUUUGAAUAUGUAUAACCCAUUGGAAUUAUUUGUCAGUUUGGGGAGGGAGGAGAAAAGAGCAAAGGGGGGGGGAGAAGAUCAUAAAUCAUGUAAUCAUGGAAAAAUAUUCUAAAUAAAAAAAGGAAAAAAAUACCUUAAGGUUCAUGAAAAAAAGCAAAGUAUAGUGUCUAUACCCAAGCCCCCUCUAAAAUAUUGUUUAAUCAUUUGCAUAUAUACUUAAAUAUGAUUCAUUUCUUUCCAUCUUGUCCACAGGAACCUAACAAGAAGCUCUCAAAUACUUUGACACAAUUAAGUGUACUGAUUUAUAUUUGUUAUUUUUUAUUUAUUUACCCAGACCAAGAAAUGAAAUUAGUCUAGUAUGACUUGUUCUCAACAAGUUCAUGGUGGCUUUUGGUGAGCACUGUGCUUUCUGUGUUCACAUAUUCCCUCUUUAAUGUGUUCUAGAAUUCCUCAAGAACAAGAACUUAAGCUCACCAUCCUAUAAUUUUCAGAAUCGAAUUGUGUGUCUUUUUUUGCCUAUGGUCUCACAACACCUCUUCAAUUUUUUCUAAUUCUCUCAUGAAGAUGACUUUUUGUCUACUUUAUUUGCUUAUCUAUAAAUGUAAUUGGACUGUAAAUCCCAUAUAUAGUAAGUUACUUCAAAGAGGAGCCUGGAAUUCUAAAGAUUGUAAUCUUUCACUUGAGAGAAGGAAGGAAACUAUUCAGUGACUAAUACAAUUAACAGUGGCUUCCAAAGUUCUCUUUGAAGAUGAGUCAUGCUGUAAUGAUCAACUUGCUAAUUACGGCAUUAUCCUUAAGUAAAAAGGGUUGAGAGCAUGGUCUGGUAGGAAAAAAACAAAACAAAACAUGAGUUGGAGAGUUAGAAAUGAGCUCUAUUAUUUCUCUGGAACCUACUAAUCUCACCUGUCUGACCCUCAUUUUAUUCAUUUAGAAAGUGAGGAAUGUAGACUUGAUCAUUUUUCAAGUCCUUUUUGGCUUAAUAUUUGUGAUCUAAGGAUUCCUCAGCAUUACUGACUAUAUGGAAUCAAACAGAUCAUAGAAAACAGAAUGCCCAAGUGGAAGAACAGGACCAGAUUACAGAUUUGGACAACAAAGCCCUGUUGCAGCUAUGUUAUACAAGCAGCAUUUUCAAUAUACGGCAGAACCAAAAGAAAUCAGAAGCUGAAAUUGUAGCUGCUGAGAAGAAGAAGCGAGCUGUAGUAGAGCAAGUAAUGAUAGAUCAGUUAUCUAGAGCGGUCAUCAGCGACCCAGAACAAAAUUCAAUAUUUGGUAGCCAGCCGAUACCUUAUCUUCCUCUUUUCUUUGAGAGGGCAUCUCUCCGUCUUAAGACACGAGCACUCCAUGAAACAAAGAUUAAAACCCGGUCCACAUUAACUGAAAAUGCACUUUUGAACAAGUUACGAUUUGACGCUCGUAUUUUGUCAAGGAAUGGACGUGAUGCUUGCAGAGAACUGAUGGGGUUCUUUUUUGCAUAUGAUAAGUCACUUACCGUUUAUGAGUAUCGACAAUUUGGUAACAAUAGAACAAAUGCACUUCCCUUUAUUCACAAAAACAUAUAUAGUCAUCAGCGAGGACGAAGAAAAGGCAGACAGUAUCAACUUCAAGAUUUUUAUGUUGGUGCUAACCUGACAUUUUUGAGUUCGGAACAUGUCGCUCUUCCAGAAACCACAAAAAAGAAUCCAUUACUUACUCUUCGAAUCACACAUGUUGAUCAAUUAACCUUGGAUAGUCUCAGAAAACAUUUUAUGGAUUUUGGAGAUGAUUUGGCUGAACAAGAGGCUAGUGACAGAAGUGUCUUCAAGCAUAUACAAGAUAUAUUUAAAGAGAAAUUACAUCAAACAGCUGUUCGUAUUCUGACAGGAUUUGGAAAAUACUUGAGGCAAUUGGAUAAGAAAGGGAAUGGAUUUCUGGGUAAGGCCCAUUUUCGGCAGGCCCUAAAAGCAUUUCACUUAGAGCUGCCUGAAAAGGACUUUGAGAAUUUGUGGUCGAUUCUGAAUAUCAAUGGUAAUGGUCAAGUUGAUUAUAGAGAAUUCAAACAUGCCAUUUUUGGUGAAAUGAAUGAAUACAGAAAAACAUUUCUUCGAAAAGCAUAUAUGAAAUUAGACUUCACCAAAACUGGUAGCGUGGAUAUAGUAGAAAUUAGAAAAUUCUAUUGUGCAAAGAAACAUCCUUACGUAAUAGCAGGUUAUGCAACGGAGGAAGAAAUUAAAUCUUCAUUUAUUGAAACCCUAGAGAAUGCCUGUAGCCAUCCACUGGAAGUGUUAUACUGUGAAUUCGAAAAUUACUAUGAAGGACUAAGUUUUGGAAUAGCAGACGACGAAGAUUUCAUUAAUAUCUUAAGGAAUUCUUGGGGGAUUUAGUUUUGAACAGGGCACAAAUGAACAUUUUCCCACACUGAAAAUUUCAGUUUGAAGAAAAACUGAAAGUGAGGUAGGAUGAAAUAUCUUAUUUUUCUCAAACUUCUCUCAAUCUUCACACAUGCAGUCCUUCAAAAUAUAUUGUGUCUGGAGAGGAAAAUAUUUCUAGAAUGAGGGCUCUGUGGAAUGUGUGAGAGACAUUGGAGGAACUGUGCUGCUUGUCAUUUUAUCGAGCACAGUAGAAAUGUUCUGGAUUUCAUUUUUAUCACUGUCAAUGGGAAAAUUGCAGCUAGGAAGAAACGCAUAUGAAUGUCUACAUUGGAAAUUAUUUCCUUUUUUUUUUCUUUUCUGCUCUUCUUUCUAUAUUGCUGCCACUCCAUUUUCCUUCCCCUACCCCCAACAAAUCUUCAAUGACUUCUUAAUUUACCACUUGUAAAUAAAACAGUGCAACUUGUAUUGAGUAUGUUGAAAAUAUUAAAUGAAUGAAAGGCU